AUGACGAAGAAUAACUUGGCUGUUCAUCUUAAAUGGCUGAAAACCCAAGGGAAGCCCUCAUACCCUCAACUGGGACAAUCUAGCGCGCGACGCGACAGUCACGGCCCGCAACACCCAACUCCACCCAUUGACCAGAUCGCGACCCUCGAUGAUAUCCCGGAAGACGUGGAGAAUGAGACAGACGAAGAAAUGGCAAGAUUGCUAUUUGCACCUCAAUCGGCGAGCAAGCCCCGGAUGCUGAGCCGACCCGAUGUGGUCCCCGCCAAUACACCCUCAACGACAAAGAAACGCAGCGAGUCAAAACAAUCCAGCGUGAUACGAAGUAGGAAAUUGAGAGAGACCGGAUGCUCAUCAUCACACAAGAUCGCGAAACCAAAAUCAACCCCGAUACGACCAGAAAAGCCCCACUCCUUUGCAUAUGAUGCUAUUGAAUCAAUCGACUUGACAGAUGGAUUUGAUCCCUCCCUACUGUCUUCUGGGGCGAUCAAAGUCGGGGCGUCGCGCGGUCCGUGGCCAGACCAGAACACACCCUGCGAAGCGAUCAAAGAGAAGCGCGGCAAGAAACGAAAAAGCGAUGAGUAUACGUCCGAUCUUCUUUCGCCUUCCAAGCAUCCGACCAAAGUGCGAACCUUACCGGGGGCAUCCAGGGCUCUGGGUGCGGGGAAGGCAUCGAACGAGCCCUUAAUUCCAUGCCAGACAAGCCAGAUGAACCCCCCAAGCGCCAUCAAACGACCUGAAACCAAUGGAGUUGCCAAUGGAAGCCACCGCAAACAAGUUAUUGCAGACUCCGACGAUGAGGACGAGAGUAUCUUUGACGACUGGAUAGACAAUGACGACCACGAUGAUAUGAUUUUGGAUGCCGAGGAGAGUCUAUACCCAAUCCUUCCCGAGAUGAGUCCAGCGAGCGACACAAAAACUGAAAAUAAAUUCGAAAGCAAGCCGUCGCAUGUCGAAAAAUCUACGGCUAAAAGAUCUCCGGCUAAAGCAUCCUUACCACCUGUGCAACCAUCGACUCAUACUGCAGUGAAGACGGAUCCGCAAGAUCCAAUUCCAUCGACACCAUGGUCCAAGUCUUCCGGAUCACAGGAAAAAGAUCCAGCCGUUGUGGAAUUCUUAUCACUAGAAAGCAAGGCCUUUGGGCACUCAAUCGCCAAAUUGAGAGCUACAUUGGAAAAGAACUCGGAAAUCGUUUACCAACAGGCAAUGGAGGGCCAGCCUGUUCCAGAAUUGAUCGCUGAGAACAAGAAAUUGGUAUCUCAAAUUGGGGCAAUCAACGUGUUACAAAAGCAGCAAAAUACACAUAAAGACUGUCUUUCUCGCAAGCAAAAGUUCAAGCAGAACUUGAUGCGUGUGAUCUCUCAAGGUCUUGAUCCAACAAGUAUGCCAGAGGAUCUUGCACAGAGCCGAGCCGUUGAGGUAGAGUUGGAACAACUCGAAGCACACAUAUCCAAGCUCCUUGCCCAAGUCAAUAUCCUCGAGCUCGCUCGUGACUGUCCAUCUGAACCUGUUGCCAUGGAACGCACGGAGUCAACCAUCCCAAGGAAUCCAGUCACCCGAGAAACAGUUUGCCUCCCAUCUUCCCGGACGAACCCCAAAACAGAGCCGGAUUAUCCGCAGCGCUCGGAGUUCCCCAGUCCUAAGAAGACGAACCCAACAAGCCAGUGGAACGGUGGCGGAAAUCACAUUGCCGGAAACAUGGGCUCUCCACAGUUUGAUUCAAUGGAUGUUGAUGAGUUCGACUGGAAUGUUAGCGAUGACGAUAUACUUGAGGCAGCUGGAAGCUUCAAUGAGGUUGAUAAAUUGCCCAUUCGUGAUGUCGCCUGCCCACAGCGCCUUCUGGUCUAA